CACUGCACGUUGUACGAUUUCUCCGCUCUCAGUAUUGCUUUGAUUGCCUAUACGAGAGUUCAACUUACCCUCGCGUGCUAAACACCGCAACAGUUAUACGAGUACGCGCAUCUGAUUGUGCGGCGACUGGUAGCGUGUCCGUCUUUUCUUCUUUACGCUCGCUGUUGGUAUUCCUUUUAUCUUGUAUUGUAAUUGCAAGCAUACAUUGCAGCGGUCGACACGACAACGAAGUUUGCGGGACCCUGCACAGGACGGAACUGAAGCGCGACGGCUAUGGAGGAAGACCCUUCGAAAGCGAAAGCGGCGCCACCUCCGCUGCACAUCUACCGCCCCAUCCCGCGUCGCAACUUCGAAUCCCAUAACGACACGGCCGAUUCGCCCACGCACGCCUUUUCACAAGCCACGCCUCCGAGCGCGACCGAGAACCGGAGAUCGUCUGACUUCCUCACGCAGCUUAAUGCGCGCUUACUGAGGACCUUCAACUCGCGCGACGAUGACUCGGAAGAUCAGGAGAGGGAGAGGGGGCCACCGCCGCGGAACAAGAGCUACUUGAACAUGACGAGUAGUACUCUAUCUGGCAUAUACGACGAGACGGGCGCGAACACGGCUGGUGAACUCAGUACGGCGGAAACGCCCUGGGGAACUGGCUCCGAGACCCCCGCACACACUGCCAUGGGCCUCCAGCCCUGGGAAGCGGGCAUGGGAAGUCCUGAUGGCGGACUGAGCCUGAAGACCAAGGCCAGGAAAGGAUCCGCCAUGGGCAAACUUGAGGGAAGGCGGAGGAGUCAUUCGAUCAAGCAACCACGCCACGGCGUCUGGAAAUACGUCGUAAUCUUGGGCAAGCUCGUAGCAUUGUAUGUCUUUGGCGUCAUCUACGGAGUCAUUGUCUCGCAUCUCCACGAGACGAGACAGUUGGCAGCUGUCCACGUUGAAGGCGUUGAUCAAAAGAGCCAGGCCUACCUCGCGACCUGGGGGUUGUUUGGGGUUGCCCUGGGAAGUUUGCUACCAUACGUUGAUCUCGUGUGGGAUGCGCAGCGGAGAGAGGACGAGACUGAAGACAAGGAGACUGAGACGCACGAUUCACCCAUCAGCGAGCAGAUCAACGAUGUGGUAAGGAGUGUGGCAGCUUUUGUAGGAAUCGCGUUCGCUAUCCGCCGUCUCCCCUGGCAAUCAACACUCCAACUCACCCUAACACUUGCCCUCGUCAAUCCCGCUCUCUGGUACAUACUCGACCGUUCGAAGCCCGGUCUCUCCGUCUCACUCACCGUCACGUCCAUCCUCACGUCCUUCAUCUUCCUCUCGAACCCCGACGUCCUUCCCUCGCCGUCUCUACCAGCAACCACAAACGCUACACAAAUCCCUUCCAUGGGCAGUCACACACAUGCAAAAGGCAGGCCAGCACCGGCCGUCACACCAGAGAUGUUCGCUGGCAUGGUCAGCUACGAGAAUCUUGCUGUGGUGACAUGGGUGGGAAGCGUCCUCUUUUGCAGUUGUGUUUGCUUUGGGAGUAUAGGGAGGAGGUUGGCUGUGCUGGAGGAAAGUGGGUGGAAGAGGUGAAGGUUAUUGUUAGAGAGGCAUGGAUGCCUUGGAGGUCACGUUGCAGUCUUGCGCAACUACGGCUUGUUGGGAUAUUGCUAGACUUGGUAAACGGCAUGGGGCGUCCGGUAUGAAUUGAAACUAUCGGCUCCACGUGGAGCCUUGGACGCCAUUUGCCGUUAUCGUUAGGUGAUAUGUACUGCUCAUUGAUCAUGUCUCCGUCUUCUCAUGCUCUUACUUGACUAGAGUCACACAGCAUGGCUGACACCGCGAGUAUCCAGAAGUUGCACUUGCGAGAAGACUCAAAUACGACAGGUCUUUAUGGAUCUCCAGCCUCGAACCUCUAUGCCAGGACAGGAUAUUUCGAAAUAUGCACAAUAUAGAUUUUGAAUCCUAAGACACUGCAUG